AUGAGCCGAAUUUCACCACCACUUUCCUCCGCAGUUUUUUCUCCUGCCGUGGCGUCUUCUUCGUCGUUUCGUGUGGCCACGAAGUCUGCAGAGGUCUCGUCGUGCGCUCUGCGCUCUCGACGCAGUUUCUCUCUUAGUGGUCUCCAUGAUGUCGGCGGUGGUUGUUGGAGGUGGCGUUUGACGUCCCUGGCGAGGAUCCGCCACUUAUCAUCGAGGAGCCUCUGCCUGCAUCACAGCGGGGGCGCGCUGAAUAAGUUUGACGCGGUUGGAUUUGCCGGGCGCUCGCGGAAUGUCGCCAACGCCUUUGAUUCACUAGAAAUGAAUCUGUUUGAUGAUCCCACGGGCGGGCUGACGGCGGGACCCGCAGAGGAGUUGUCGACCACCGAGAUUGAACACCAGGUGCGUCUAAACGUCUCUUCCUACUCCCGCUCCAUAUUCUACCUCCUGUACACGCCCUUCGUGGAUGUAAUAUCGGUGCUGCUGGAGCGUGGGCUUGCGCCGGAUGUCGCACACCCGGGAGAAAUGAUGUGCCGUUGGUUUACGGACGGCGCUUUGACGCUGCAGAACCCUGCUUCCGUUGAAGAGGGAAUGGGAGCAGAGAACUGGCGGCAGUUGUGUGAGGGACUUGAUGCCUUCUACGAAGAAGUGGAGCCGGUUAUGCCGCUGACGGCGGCGGUGCGGAAACACGGGCUGCCGGAGGACUUGUUGGUGCCGUUUCUCCGUCAGCUCUCAAUGGACCUGCUGGUGCCUCUGCGCAAGCGGGCCGUGCUGGAGAUUCUGCCCGGUCUCAUUCUUGGGCUAGCGAAUGGCCGCGCCCCGACUGCAUUGGGGUUUCCCACCGACAGCCAGCGUGCACGAGCCAUCAUGGUGGCCGAUCUCUUUCUUGGGGUUGGGCAGGAAACAGGCAACACAGACCUGGCGUAUCUUGGCAUCCAGCUUCUUCGUGCAAAUGACAUUCCCGUGCCGUUCCCAAAGCAAAAGCAGCUGACAAAUGUUUUCUCUGCCGCCACACGAAUUCAUACGGACUGGCAGAUGCGAGUCAGCGGACAGCUUGUAGAGGUUAUGCCUAAAUGGAUGGAGUACUACAAGAAGGUUCAUUUGGAUAAUCUUAGGGCCAUAAAGGGACUCAGUGAGGCGGAUUCAACAAGUGCGGUGAAACAGGAGGAUGACGAUGGGGAAGGGAUUGAUGUCCUGAAAGAGAAGAGGGUCAUCCAUGCAAUUGGUGAUGGCGUUAAUGCUGCAGGUAAACAAACUGAUAAGGAAAGCAACAGUGAUGGCGUGCAUGGUUACUUCUCAAGUCAUCGCACGGAGAAUUUGCUGCGUCUUUCCGCUCUGGAGAGUCAAGUAUUGACGGCCGUGCGUCGCAGGAUGGUUGCGUGGAAUGAUGACAGCAACAAGCUAUACUACCGCUUCCGGCGGAGGAGGUCAGCCACUGAGGAGCCGAAGGUGGAGGAAACAGACGUGCCGAAGGAACCCACCGAGGAGGAGGAGGAGGAGGAUGCAAGGCGCGUGGAUGCCGCGGAAGAUGUGGUGCUGAUGGAAGACGGACGCCGCAGGCGAAGGGCGAAGACACACACGCAGGCAGAUGAGGAGGACCCCAAAGUGAAUCCUAAAGGGCGUCGGUCAAGGAGGAAAAGGACGAUCGCCGCUCCCGUAGACGAUGAUAGCGGCAGUACAUUCACUCUGACCGUGUAG